AACCUACACGUUCAUACUAACAUCAUGGCUGUCCAAACCCCAAAACAGAGAUUGGCCAACAAAAAGUUCAGCAAAAAGAACACCCUCAAGCAAACCGGUCAAUUCAAGGAAGAUGCCGACAAAGUCGAAUACCCACUUCCCAAAGCAUGGAUAGCCUUGUUGGUGUUCCUCGUUUGUGGAGGUGCCCUUUUAGAGGUUCUCAGGCUCGUCUUCGACUUCUAAGCAUUUAUUAUAUCUAUAAUAUACAUUUUACAACGUCCA